AUGGUCGCUUUUUUCUACCACGAUAACUUGGACACACCUGAAGACUUCACUGAUGAGCACGACUCCGGGAGACCAGUGCCCCCAGAGAGACUUUCGGAACUUGGAGUGUUUUACCGUUACAUUGAUAACAUGGAUGACCUAGAAGCAUUGGCUAAAGAGAGAGAAUACAAAAACAGAGACAAAGUUGUCCUCAAUAUCAACUCUUUUGGCGGUGAUGAGGAGGCCUACAACGCCAAAAUGAAGCAAUUUUAUAAGGAACACUACCACGAGGAUGAGGAGAUUCGUUACAUUGUGGAUGGAGAAGGAUACUUUGAUGUGAGAGACACGUCGGAUGAGUGGAUCCGUGCCAAAUUGAACAAGAAUGACUUGUUGAUUUUGCCUGCGGGCAUUUAUCACCGGUUCACACUUUCGAGUGCGUUGAAAAACGUCACUGCUUUAAGACUUUUCAAGGACGAGCCUAAGUGGGAAGCUAUUAACAGAGAGGAGGGUAGAAACACAGAGGCAAGAUUGGAAUACGCUCGCCUGGUUGCAAGCAGUGCCUGA